AUGGCUCAAACAAUUAGGCAAGCUCGAGACAUCAACCAGAUCAACCCGAAGACCUCCUUCUUUGGAAAGGCCCAAGAGAUUGGCAUGCUCAACGUGUUUCUCUACGGGGCCUCCAGCACCGUCAUGGACUUCAUUUUGCUCGGUCGCAGCUCUGGAGUACAGGCCGUCCUCAGAAGGAUCCCAGCCAAGAAGACCACAUUUGGCGAGAAUAUCGGGCGCUUCGACAACCCCGAAGAUUCAAUGGUCGCCCUCGUGAGAUACAUGGAUGAGAUCACAGAUGCAAAGAUAGUUCGGGAGGCGGAGGUAUUCCGGAUGACGCUGGUUGGUUGCGAGUAG